AUGCCUUCACCCCCGGCAGAUGAUAGUCCCAAGCUCCGAGGGAGUUGCCAGGCUUGUGCAGUAUCGAAGGUGCGAUGUUCGAAAGAGAAACCAACAUGUGCACGAUGUCGGCGGCGGAGCACCAUCUGUGAGUAUUUCAUCACCAAGCGGCCUGGUCGGAAACAACAGGAUAAAGCUUCUGCGCCUGUGCCCACGAAUACCACUCCACACUUGCUGCCAGAGUUAGACUGCCCUGCGACGCACACGCUGCCAGAUCAGCAACCCCCGUCCGUGCAGGAUGAUACCUCUCCCAGCGAUUCCGAUACCUUUUCCAAUCUCUUCCACCAGACCGAUACCUCCCUGUCUUCGGCCAUUACGACCUGGAGCACCGAAUUUGAUGACUAUCUAGCACCCUUUUCGAUUUGCGAAUCGGUCGCCCUUGAUGCUCUGGACCCGGGACCACUCGGUCCCACCGUGGGUCAACAAAUGAAUAGCAGCAGGAGCAGUGUCAGUGGAUCCAACAGUGCCAUACCCCCGGAAGAUACCAUCUCCCUCUUUGGGCGGCCAGUCUCCAUGCCUAAUCCAAAGGUUCUAUUCCCCACAGACACAAGGAACCAGGAUCGACAGCAAUCGCCAUCGUUCAACUCCCCUUGUUCCUGCCUCCCACAUGCUUUGGACCUGCUGAAGCAGAUGGCCACAACAGACCCUGUUGCGGGAGUGCAGACAGACCAAUCUCAUUCCAAAGGGGUGGCCCAAUUUCUCGACACAACCAUCGCGACCUGUCAACAGACCAUGGAAACCCUUGAGACAAUUCUUCAAUGCGCUUGCUCGCAGGACAGCUACCUCCUUGCGAUCGUGUCCUUGGUUUUAUUCAAAUCCUUCGAUCGGUACGCAGCAGCCGCCUCUGCUAACAAACCCCAAGCUCAGUCCCAGCGAUUGACACUCUCCUCGAUUGGGGUCGAUGGCGAUUUGAUGGGGGAUGAUGAUUUAGAUUCUCACAUGGCAGCUGCCCAGCGCGUUCUCGGGGAGUUGCACCGUGUACAGCAAUGCAUGGCCCGGCUUUCGCCCAGGUUACAGGCGUGCAGGAGCACCGCAUCGGCACUUUCCGACGUUGUCAUGGGCCAGUUGGAGCCAGAAUUACAGAGGCGGCUAGGGAUAUUAUCCAUGAGUUUAAUUCAGACUUUGCGAACGGAACAAUAG